GUUUAAAAUCUGGCAUGUAUUUUUGCACCAGAUUAAUUUUGCACAAUUGCACACAACAGCAGUAUAAAAGGAUCCUGAGUAGAUUUACUGGACUGAGAACAUUUCCCAGUGUUGGUCCCGUUAACUCGUCCCGCUCUGCAAAAACCAGUCUGCAUACUGGCCACUGUCAGAGUGAAAAAAGACACGCGGCCUGUUUGAACUACCUGUGAAAGUAAACAGGUAAACACAGAGCGAUAGGCUCUCCAAGUGGAGUACGCACUUAGCCUGUGCACAUUUACCUCUUCUUGCCGAAACCCUCGGCUCAAUUGAUCAAAUAGUACAUCCCCAGCAACUGGCCAUAGUCUGCAGCCCAGUGCGCUCCCAUGCACCGUCACCAAAACCUACUGUGACUUCCCCCCUUGUCACCGUGCCACACGCAGCCAAAGCAAAGCAGAAUGACACGGGUGAUAAGCUCUGCGUGCUCUAACACACCCUGAUUUAGCUCCACACACUUUUGAGGCACUAAAUAAGUCUCAGUGAAAUAAUGUCCUGCAUGGGCCAAGUGAGUUUCCUGAUGAGAUGCGCAUAGAGGCUGCAAGCCUGGGCCAUUCCUCCGUGGUGCGAAAAGCUCUCUGGGUGUCUGCUGCGGGCUGGAUGUCCCUUCACAUGUCGGAUUUAGCUGUGCAGCAUUACUUGGUGGAUCAGCGGAUUGUCCGAAAAGCUGGUGCAGCAACUUUUCCCUGCAUAUUCCCCCCCCACCAGAAUAUGUCGUUGACCAACACAAAGACGGGCUUUUCUGUAAAGGACAUUUUGGACCUUCCUGACACAAAUGACGAAGAAGGAUCUAUCACCGGAGCGGAGGAAGACACGGAGGGAUCGGAGACCACGUCCACGACAAAAAACACUGGAGUUUUGGUGCAAAGUCCUCUAGAAAACGUUCAAAAUCUGCCUUUAAAGAACCCCUUUUAUGACAGUAGUGACAAUCCUUACACACGAUGGCUUGCUACUACGGACAGUAUUCAAUAUUCAUUCUUUCUCCCGUUUCUUGCCGCAGUGCACGGUCUAUCCGCCAGCUCUCAGGACUCGGCCAAGUCCCCGGAGCCGUCCGCGGACGACGAAUCGCCGGACAACGACAAGGAAACUUCCAGCAGCGGCGGCAGCGACUCCGGCAAAAAGCGGAAAAGGAGGGUGUUGUUUUCCAAGGCGCAGACCUACGAGCUGGAGCGCCGCUUCAGGCAGCAGAGGUACCUGUCAGCCCCGGAGAGGGAGCACCUGGCCAGCCUGAUCCGCCUCACCCCGACCCAAGUGAAGAUCUGGUUCCAGAACCACCGAUAUAAGAUGAAGAGAGCCCGGGCCGAGAAAGGUAUGGAAGUGACCCAUCUCCCUUCUCCCAGGCGGGUGGCCGUGCCCGUCUUAGUCAGGGAUGGAAAGCCUUGUCACACUCUUAAAGCUCAGGACUUGGCGGCCACUUUUCAGGCCGGGAUCCCCUUCUCGGCUUAUAGUGCCCAGUCACUCCAACACAUGCAGUAUAACGCGCAGUACAGCGCCGCGGCCACGCCACAGUUCCCCACAGCACAUCACUUGGUGCAAACGCAACAGUGGACUUGGUGAGAGAAAUUAUAGAGACUUGGCUUGGAGGCACGAUAGGGAGUUUCACCACAAAGCAAAGAAAAAAAAAUAAAACAAAAAACAAGACUUUUCAUUUUUGCAGCUUGACUCAUAUAUAUACUACCAUUUUUAUUCGGGGCUCAUGUGUGCGCCGUGUUUACAUGUUUUCGUUAAGAGAACUGGGUCCGAACCUCUCCCUUAUAGAUUUUAUUAAGAAUGUCAAUGCUCUUCUUGUGAAAAUUUUUUUGUAAAGUAUGUUGUGUGUUGGUUGUAGAGAUGUUUUCCUCUUUAUUUUUUUUUCUUUUGUCCCUUCGUGUUAUUAUCAGCACGUACGAACCACUUUAUAAUUAUAGAAAUUUUAAUUUCUUGCUUCUUUUAUGGACCGAAAAAAAUAUUUAUGGCCAUGAAUAAACACUGGCAACUUUGCAGCUAUUUUCCCUUUUGUUUUUAUUUCCUGUAAAUAAUUUGUGGCAAAUGUUUUAGAGAGCUUUCGGGUGCGUAAAGCUGAAGAUCGGCCUCUAUAUAGGCUAUUUACACAUUUAAAAAAAACAAUGAGGGAGUUUUUUUGUUUUUUUAUUCUUGCUUUCCUUUCUUUUUUUUCUUUUUUUAUUUUUUGGCAAAACGUUAUGACUGCCGUGUCAGAUCACAUAUGUAAAUAAGCGUGUGGCCGCGCGGUGAUGGCUAAAUAUCCCAAAAUUUUUUAUAAGGAUUUUAAAAUAAAAUGCUGUGUUUUGAAAUGGA